AUGGAGAAGAAAAGAAAAGUUGAAUUGAAAUUGCUUCUUUCUGAAUACGCUGCAGAUGACGUUUUUAAUGCGGACGACGAAACGGCUUUGUUUUUUAAGAUUUUGCCAGAAAGAACAUUAGCUUACAAAGGAGAUAAAUGUGUUGUCAGUGCAUGGAAUGAUGUUUUAGAUGAAACAAUUUCUAAAGCCUUUCGACAUGCAGGUUUUAUUAAAAGAACAGACGACGUAACUGAAGAAAUCCAUGACAAUAGAUCUCACGACGAAGAUGAGGUUCUCAUGCAUGAACUUCGCCGUAGAAAUCCACAGUUGCCAGAACUUUCAUUCGAGGAUUUUUUAAAUGUGGAUUCUAAUGUCAUCUGCACGGAGGAAAUAUCGGAUCACGAUAUUAUUAGCAGCAUAAUCAACGAGAAUGAGAGACUUUCAGAUCCAGAAGAAGAAGAAGAAAUGAAAAUAAGUAAGUAA